GGUCAGUCCCCCUGGACAGUGGUUGUCUUCAGUGCUCCCUGGGGGCUGGAACUCUGUAGACAAACAUUAACUUUGGGAUAGACACUCUAUAUUUAUGUUCUACUCCUUCCAUUUUUACUGCAUCUACCAUUUGAUCAACAUGAAAUCAUCUCUGACUCUGCUGUGUCUGGUGGUAUGGGUGAAUGUGGAUGCUUCAUCAGCUCAGACUGAGUACUGUGGUAAGCCUGAGGGUGAAGGGAGGAGAAUGCUGCCGAUUCCUGAUCGAGAACGUUAUGAAAAUGGGGACCAAGUGGAGUAUGGAUGUCUUGCAACUUGUAAGAACGGAGAGUGGGAUAAGACCAUCAAGGGCAAAGAUUACUGUAGUAAACCUGAGGGUGCAGACACCAGAAUGCUGCUGAUUCCUGACCGAGAGAGAUAUGAAAAUGGGGACAAAAUAGAUUAUGGAUGCCUUAGCGGCCCAAACACAGGCUCAAGAGGAAAAGCAACUUGCAAGAACGGAGAGUGGAGUAAGACAAUCGAGUGUCAAGCAGCAUUUGCUAAAUGUGCGUUGUCAUUGCCACCAACAAGAGGAACCAGUUACACACCUGCUGACAGAAAUCUGUUCUUGCCUGAUGAACGUGUAACGGUGACCUGUACCUCAGGAUUCUGGAACUUUUUCUCAAGUAACACUGAAAAUACAAUAACAUGCAAAGAGGACGGAAAGUGGUCAUCUUCUACAGAUUGUGAACGUAGCCAUCGUUAUUCAUAGGUAGAUGAUGAACAUAAUGGAGUCAUGAUGUUCCCUCCAUCAAUUUCAAGAAUCCGUACAAAGCCGCCUUUUUAGGCAAGGAGAAGACCCAUUUGCUUUUGUGGUGUCUGUCACUUGUUUAAUUUAGAUUUAGAAGAAAUGUGAGCCAUCCAGUAAUGGAAUACGUGUCUUUUCAACAUUUGACAUUGUAUCAUCAUUGAAACAAAAUAACAGUAUCUUUCUCAGCUUCACUAUAAUAACAGUACAGCUAUCUAAAGCUAGACUAAAAUGGUACAUUUGUUAUAUUAGUACAAAGUGAUGUGAUUGUGUGAAUAUCCUUCUAUCAAGUUUAUAAAUUGCCUGGCUGGGCUGAUGAGACAGUGGAUUGCGCAGUCAGUUGAAACAGAGUAAAUAGGCAUUUUAACAUCAUAGAUUUAGCCAGUAGUAGCUUGUGGAAUAAGCAGCUGGAAUGCGGUCUUAACCAAUCAGCAUUCAGGAUUAGACCGGCACGCUCUAUAAUGUGUGAAUAUUCUCCUGUAUCUCCCAGCUGUGUGAUUCAUUACCUGAAGGUGUAAUAUAAGUGGACAAGUGGUAUUGUUAUGAUCGUGAUUGACCUUAUCCAGACAAUAAAGUUUUCCAAAACAGAC